AUGCCGCCGGCGGCCGGGGAUCUCGCCGGAGCUCGCGCGGGAGCGGAGGCGGAGAGGGUAUUCAUCGGCGCCGGAUGCAACCGCGUUGUGAACAACGUCUCGUGGGGCGCCUGUGGCCUCGUCGCCUUCGGCGCCCAGAACGCCGUCGCCCUUUUCUCCCCUUCGAGAGGAGAGAUCGUGACGACGCUCCCGGGGCACAAGGCGGCGGUGAACUGCACGCUCUGGUUGCCAACCAAGAAGGAUGUACUCCAAGUUCGACACAGGGAGACACACUAUCUGUUGUCCGGAAGUUCUGAUGGUGCUAUUAUGGCAUGGAAGAUUGGUUCUGGAAAAGGCGAGUGGUCUCAUGCUUUGGAACUGCCAGCAAUGCACAAGAAAGGUGUCACCUGUCUUGCUGGAAGGAUGGUGUCGGAUACUGUUUCAAUUUUCGCUUCCACCUCCUCAGAUGGCACGGUGGUUAUUUGGGAAAUGGCAGUUGAGCCGACUACUAGUGGCAGCUGCAAGGUGUCGUGUUUGCAUUCUCUUUAUGUUGGCUUAAAGCCAAUGGUUUCACUUUCAUUGGCGGUGUUGCCGGAACAGGAAGGCCGUCUGAUUUUAGCAAUGGGAGGGUUAGAUCAUAAGGUCCACAUCUAUUGCGGGGAUCUGUCAGGCAAGUUUGCUAAAGCCUGUGAACUUAAGGGCCAUUCUGACUGGAUUAGAAGUUUAGACUUCUCUUUACCUGUGAUGAUGGGCAGUGAAAAGCACAGCCUUUUUCUUGUUAGCUCGUCCCAGGACAAAACCAUCAGGAUAUGGAAAAUGACUUCAGAUUCUAUUUCUUCUUCCUCCAUGGUACAACCAAGGAAGGAGAAUAUUGGGAUGGCCUCCUAUAUUGAAGGUCCUCUAUUUGUGGUCGGUAAUGCAAGUUACCAGGUAUCUUUGGAGUCUCUUCUUGUUGGGCAUGAGGAUUGGGUAUAUUCAGUAGAGUGGCAGCCUCCUAUGCUGUUACUGAAUGCUGAAGCUCAUCAGCCAAUGAGUAUAUUAUCUGCAUCUAUGGACAAGAUGAUGAUGAUAUGGAGGCCAGAGAAAACUACUGGCCUUUGGAUAAAUUCCGUGACAGUUGGUGAAUUAAGUCACUCGGCACUUGGAUUUUAUGGUGGCCAUUGGGAACCUGAUGGAAAAUCUAUUCUUGCGCAUGGCUAUGGUGGAUUUUUUCAUAUGUGGAGAGAUGUUGGACUGGAUUCUGAAAAUUGGCAGCCUCAGGUUGUCCCAUCUGGUCAUUUUGCACCAGUGUCUGACUUAACAUGGUCCAGAUCUGGCGAAUAUUUACUGACAGUUAGCCAUGACCAGACUGCACGCAUAUUUGCUCCUUGGAGAAGUCAUGUUAACCCAGGAGAUGUGAUUUGUUGGCGCGAAAUCGCUCGUCCACAAAUUCAUGGGCAUGAUAUUAAUUGUGUGGCAUUCAUUCAGGGUACAGGAAACCACCGGUUUGUUUGUGGUGCUGAUGAAAAGGUCUCUAGAGUCUUCGAAGCUACUUUAUCGUUCCUGAGGACCCUACAGGAAGCAACUUUGUUGAAACCUGACAACGAGGAUUUUGAUGAUGUGCAAGUCCUUGGAGCAAAUAUGUCUGCUCUUGGGCUUUCACAGAAACCUAUAUAUACACAUGGAGGAAAGGAAUCCCCAAGCACUACUUCUAACGAUGGUCCAGAUUCUAUGGAGACGAUCCCUGAUGCAGUGCCAACUGUGUUUACUGAGCCUCCUGUGGAGGACCAACUUGCAUGGCAUACCUUAUGGCCUGAAUCUCACAAACUUUAUGGGCAUGGAAAUGAACUCUUUUCCAUCUGCUGUGAUCAUGCAGGGAAGCUUGUCGCAUCGUCAUGCAAGGCUCAAUCAGCACCAGUUGCUGAGAUCUGGCUCUGGGAGGUUGGAACAUGGAAAGCUGUUGGCCGAUUGCAGUCUCACAAUCUGACAGUUACACAAAUGGAGUUUUCCUCUGACAAUGCUUUUCUGUUGAGCGUAUCAAGGGAUCGCCACUUGUCCAUAUUUUCGAUCAAGAAAACAGAAGAAGGAGCACAGCAUCACCUGGUUACAAAGCAUGAAGCACACAAAAGAAUCAUAUGGGCUUGCUCGUGGAACCCAUUUGGGUACGAAUUUGCAACUGGUUCAAGGGACAAGACUGUUAAGAUAUGGCGUGUUCAAGAUGCAUCUUCCGUCAAGCUGCUUGCAACAUUGCCUCUGUUCCGUGACAGUGUGACAGCAUUGUCCUGGACAGGCAGGGACCGUGCUCGUAAUGCUGGUAUUAUUGCUGUUGGCAUGGAUAAUGGACUGAUCGAGCUCUGGAGUGUUUCAGGUGGUCGAGCUGCUUCAGAUGUUAGCUCAGAUCCAUCCGCGCUCAGCGUCGCAUGCAUGCUCCGGUUUGAUCCUCUGAUGUGUCAUGUGUCAACUGUGCACCGUUUGCGGUGGCAGAAAUCUGACUCGUCUGAUGAGAAAUCAUCUCUUGAGCUGGCUUCUUGUGGAGCUGAUCACUGCACGAGGGUGUUUGCCGUCCGUGAUAGUUGAGGUAUCUAUGUUGCAACCCCCAGAUCAUGAGCAGCCCCAUUCAAUUUUUGGCAAGACAUAGGCUCAUACAUCCAGAUUUAGUAGUAGACUAAGAGCAUGGAAGCUCUUUGCGCCCUCGGCUUCUUCCCUGAUGUAUUGUAAAACUAGUCAAUCCUGUUUAUGAGAAAAUAUUGCUACCUGACAAAGCAUAUGCUGUUCAUAUGUAAACCUUAGUUGACCGGUGAAUGCAGUGUGUUGGCCUUUUCAA